CCGGCGCUGCCUUGCGAGCGGGGCCGCUUUGUCUGCGCUCGGCUGCGGGACCCCGGCGCCGCCACCAUGGGGACACGGCGGGCCGCCGGCGGCCGGGAGGUGCUGGCGCUGCUGCUGGCGCUGGCGCUGGGAUCGGGAUCGGGAUCGGGAUCGGCGAGCUGCCCCGAGCGGGAGCUGGAGCGCAGGGAGGAGGAGGCCAACGUGGUGCUCACGGGCACGGUGGAGGAGAUCAUGAACGUGGACCCGGUGCACCACACCUACUCGUGCAAGGUGCGGGUGUGGCGCUACCUGAAGGGCAGAGACGUCGUCACGCACGAGAUCCUGCUGGAUGGGGGCAACAAGGUGGUGAUCGGGGGCUUCGGGGACCCGCUGAUCUGCGACAACCAGGUGGCCACGGGCGACACGCGCAUCUUCUUCGUCAACCCCGCGCCGCGGGCGCUGUGGCCGGCGCACCGCAACGAGCUGAUGCUCAACUCCAGCCUGAUGCGCAUCACGCUGCGCAACCUGGAGGAGGUGGAGCACUGCGUGGAAGAACAUAGGAAGCUUCUCGCCGACAAACCCAACAGUUACUUCACGCAGACGCCGCCGACGCCGCGAGAUGGCUGCCGGGGGAUGCUGUGCGGUUUCGGGGCCGUGUGCGAGCGCAGCCCCUCGGAGCCGGGCCAGGCCUCGUGCGUGUGCAGGAAGGGUCCCUGCGCGCCCGUGGUGGCCCCGGUGUGCGGCUCCGACCACUCCACCUACAGCAACGAGUGCGAGCUGGACAGGGCCCAGUGCAACCAGCAGAGGAGGAUCAAGGUGGUCAGCAAGGGCCCCUGCGGCUCCAAGGACCCCUGCGCGGAGGUGACCUGCAGCUUCGGCAGCACCUGCGUCCCCUCUGCCGACGGCCAGGCCGCCAAGUGCGUGUGCCCCUCGUCGUGCGCCGGCGUCGCCGAGAGCGCCGUGUGCGGCAGCGACGGCCGCGACUACCGCAGCCUGUGCCACCUCAACAAGCACGCCUGCGACAAGCAGGAGAACGUCUUCAAGAAGUUCGACGGCCCCUGCGACCCCUGCGGCGGCGUCCCGCCGGAGCCGGGCCGCGUGUGCCGCGUGAACCCGCGGACGCGGCGCGCCGAGCUGCUGCCGCGGCCCGAGGGCUGUCCCCCGGGCGGGGACCCCGUGUGCGGCGACGACGGCGUCACCUACGACAGCGAGUGCGCGAUGGGGCGCUCGGGGGCCCUCCGGGGCAUGGACAUCCAGAAGGUGCGCUCGGGGCAGUGCCAGCAGCAGGACAAGUGCAAGGACGAGUGCAAGUUCAACGCCGUGUGCCUGAACCGCCGCGGCGCCGCUCGCUGCUCCUGCGACCGCGCCGCCUGCGACGGAGCCUUCCGGCCCCUGUGCGGGCGCGACGGCCGCACCUACGGCAGCGACUGCGAGCGCCGCAGCGCCGAGUGCCGGCAGCAGCAGCACAUCCCCGUCAAGCACAGCGGGCCCUGCGACCUGGGCGCUCCCAGCCCCUGCCGGAGCGUGGAGUGCUCCUUCGGCGCCAGCUGCGUGGUGAAGAACCAGGAGGCUGUGUGCGAGUGCCAGCAGCAGUGCCAGGGCCGCUACGACCCCGUGUGCGGCACCGACCAGCGCACCUACGGCAACCCCUGCGAGCUGCACGCCAUGGCCUGCCUGCUGCAGAGGGACAUCGGCGUCCGGCACAAGGGGCCCUGCGACCGCUGCGGCAAGUGCCAGUUCGGCGCCAUCUGCGAGGCGGAGAGCGGGCGCUGCGUGUGCCCCACCGAGUGCGUGCCCUCGGCGCGGCCCGUCUGCGGCACCGACGGCAACACCUACGGCAGCGAGUGCGAGCUGCACGUCCGCGCCUGCACCCGGCAGCAGGACAUCCGCGUGGCCUCGCAGGGCCGCUGCCGGUCGUGCGGCGGCUCCGUGUGCUCCUUCGGCGGGCGCUGCGUGGGCGGGCGCUGCCUGUGCCCGCGCUGCGAGCGCCCGCGCCCGGCCCCGGUCUGCGGCACCGACGGCGUCACCUACGGCAGCCCCUGCCAGCUGCGGGCCGCCGCGUGCCAGCUGCAGAGGAGCAUCGAGGUGGCCAGGACGGGACCCUGCGAGGACGAGUGCGGCUCGGGGGGCUCCGGCUCGGGGGACGGCAGCGAGUGCGAGCAGGAGCGGUGCCGGCAGUUCGGCGGCUGGUGGGACGAGGACGCCGAGGACGAGCGCUGCGUGUGCGACUUCACGUGCCUGGCGGUGCCGCGCGGCCCGGUGUGCGGCUCCGACGGCGUCACCUACGCCAACGAGUGCCAGCUGAAGAAGGCGCGGUGCGAGAAACGCCAGGAGCUCUUUGUCACCGGCCAGGGAGCGUGUCGGGCCCUGGCCACCGCGCCGCCGCCGCCGCUGGUCGUGCACUGCAGCCAGACCGUCUACGGCUGCUGCCCGGACAACGUCACGCUGGCGCUGGGCGUGGGAGCGGCCGGAUGUCCCAGCACGUGCCAGUGCAACCCCUACGGCUCCUACGGCGGCUCCUGCGACCCGGGCUCGGGGCAGUGCUCCUGCAAGCCCGGCGUGGGCGGCCUCAAGUGCGACCGCUGCGAGCCCGGCUUCUGGAACUUCCGCGGCAUCGUCACCGACGGCAAGAGCGGCUGCACCCCCUGCCACUGCGACCCCGUGGGCUCGGUGCGGGACGACUGCGAGCAGAUGACGGGGCUGUGCUCCUGCAGGACGGGCAUCACGGGCAUGAAGUGCAACCAGUGCCCCAACGGCAGCAAGCUGGGCACCACGGGCUGCGAGAAGGACCCCUCCGCCCCGCGGUCCUGCCGGGAGCUGAGCUGUGACUUCGGGGCCUCGUGCGUGGAGGUGAACGGCUUUGCGCACUGCGAGUGCCCGUCCCCGCUCUGCUCCGAGGCCAACAUGACCAAGGUGUGCGGCUCCGACGGUGUCACCUACGGGGACCAGUGCCAGCUGCAGACCAUCGCCUGCAGGCAGGGCCAGCGCAUCACGGUCAAGCACGUGGGGCAGUGCCACGAGCCCCUGACCCACAGCAGCCCCCCGCUGCCCCCCACGCCGCCGCCCACGCCGCCGCCGGACCGGCUCCUGCUGCCCGCGCCGCCUCGUGCCGCCGCGCCGUCCCCGGAGCCACCCACCGCGGCCACCGGCCCGCCGCCGGCCGGGCCCACGGAGCGCGGGCACGGCGUGACACCGGCCGGGCCGGCCACCGCCACACCCCGGCUCGCCCAGGCCACGCCCGAGGCCACCGUCCGCCCGCUGGCCACCGUGCCCGUGGUGGCGGCCACCGGCCGGCCGGGCUACGGCGAGUCCGGCAGCGCCGAGGGCAGCGGGGACCAGGACGCGGGCACCAGCGGCGACCAGGAGUCCAGCGGGGCGGGAUCGGCCGGUGAGGAGGAGCCGGACGAGGGAGCGGUGACGGCCACGGCCGCCGUCGAGAGGGCCACGUGCUACAACACCGCCCUGGGCUGCUGCUCCGACGGGAAAACCGCCGCCGCCGACGCCGAGGGGAGCAACUGCCCAGCCACCAAAGUGUUCCAAGGAGUGCUGAUCCUGGAGGAGGUGGAGGGCCAGGAGCUGUUCUACACCCCGGAGAUGGCCGACCCCAAAUCCGAGCUCUUCGGGGAGACGGCGCGGAGCAUCGAGAGCGCGCUGGAUGAGCUUUUCCGGGGUUCCGACGUCAGGAAGGAUUUCAAGAGCAUCCGAGUGCGGGACCUGGGCCAGAGCAGCGCCGUCAGGGUCAUCGUGGAGGCUCACUUUGACCCAGCCACGUCCUACACGGCCGCCGAUAUCCAGGGAGCUCUGCUGAAGCAGAUCCGAGCUUCCAAGAAGAAAACCAUCCUGGUGAAGAAGCCGCAGCAGGAGCACAUCAAAUUCAUGGAUUUUGACUGGAUCCCGCAGCUCUUCGCCACCACCAUCACCACCACCACGGCCACCACCGCGUCCCCGGCCACCACCCACCGUGUCCCCGCGUCCCCGGCCGCCACCCACCGUGUCCCCGCGGCCACCACCCGCCGUGUCCCUGCAGCCACCACCCACCGUGUCCCCGCGGCCCCGGCCACCACCCGCCAUCCCGCGGGCGGCUCCGGGGCGCCCGGCCCCGGCGGCAGCGGCAGGAGGAAGCCCCCCGGCAGCACCCGGCAGCCCCCCGGCGGCAGCCGAGCCCCCCGGCCCUGCCAGUCCCAGCCCUGCCUGCACGGUGGCACCUGCGAGGACGACGGCCGCGACUUCACCUGCAGCUGCCCCGCGGGGAGAGGAGGGGCCGUCUGUGAGAAAGCCGUCAGGUACUUCAUCCCCAGCUUCGGGGGCAGGUCCUACCUGGCCUUCAAGACCAUGAAGGCCUACCACACGGUGAGGAUUUCCAUGGAAUUCCGGGCCCUGGAGCCCAGCGGGCUGCUCCUCUACAACGCCCAGAAGCACGGCAAGGAUUUCAUCUCGCUGGCGCUGGUGGGCGGCUUCGUGGAGCUCAGGUUUAACACGGGCUCGGGCACGGGCACGGUGAGCAGCAGGGUCCGGGUGGAGCCGGGCCGCUGGCACCAGCUGGAGGUGACCCGGAACCGGCGCAGCGGCGCCCUGGCCGUGGACGGGGAGCCCCAGGUCAGCGGGCACAGCCCCCCGGGCACCGACGGGCUCAACCUGGACACCGACCUCUUCAUCGGCGGGGCGCCCGACGAGCACAUGGCGCUGGUGACGGAGCGCACCGAGGCCGCCGCCGGCCUGCGGGGCUGCGUCCGCCUCCUGGGCAUCAACAACCGCCACUACGAGCUGCGCCAGGGCGCCGGCGACGUCCUCUACGGCAGCGCCGUGGGCGAGUGCGGCGACGACCCCUGCCAGCCCAACCCCUGCCGCCACGGCGGCGCGUGCCACGCCAAGGAGGCCGAGAUGUUCCGCUGCCAGUGCCCCGACGGCUACACGGGCCCCACGUGCGCCUUCGAGAGGAACCCGUGCGAGCCGUCGCCGUGCCACGCCUCUGCCACCUGCCUGGUGCUGCCCGAGCGGGGCGCGCUGUGCGCCUGCCCCAUGGGGCGCCAGGGGGAAUUCUGCGAGCGAGUGACGGAGCAGGACCAGUCCAUGCCCUUCCUGCCCGAGUUCAACGGAUUCUCCUUCCUGGAGCUGAACGGGCUGCAGAGCUUCGUGCCCGACCUGCAGGAGAAGAUGUCCAUGGAGCUGGUGCUGCUGGCCAAGAAGCCCAGCGGGAUGAUCUUCUACAACGGCCAGAAGAGCGACGGCAAAGGGGACUUUGUGUCCCUGGCGCUGCACGAGGGGCACCUGGAGUACAGAUACGACCUGGGCAAGGGGCCAGCCGUGCUCAGGAGCAAGGAGCGGGUGCCCCUCAACACCUGGAUCAGCGUGCUGCUGGAGAGGAGCGGCCGCAAGGGCGUCCUGAGGGUGGACGACGGCGACAGGGUGACGGGAGAGUCCCCGAAAUCCCGUAAGGUGCCCCACAUGGUGCUGAACCUGAAGGAGCCGCUCUACGUGGGGGGAGCCCCCGAUUUCUCCAGGCUGGCCCGGGCGGCUGCCAUCUCCAGCGGCUUCGAGGGGGCUCUGCAGAAGAUCUCUCUGGGGGGCGUGCCCCUGCUGAAGGAGCAGAACAUCCGCAGCGCGCGGGAGAUCUCCCCGUUCCGCGGGCACCCCUGCACGCAGCGCCCCGCGCCCUGCCGGCACGGCGGCUCCUGCAGCCCCAGCAUGGGCGGCUACCGCUGCUCCUGCCCGCGCGGCUUCUCGGGGACGCACUGCGACAGAGUGAUCAUCGAGAAGGCAGCUGGGGAUGCUGAGGCCGUCGCCUUCGAUGGCCGGACGUACCUGGAGUACCACAACGCCGUCACCAAGAGCCGCCUGAGCAAUGAGAUCCCAGCUCCCGAGGCGCUGGAUUUCCCCCGGGAGCCCAGCGAGAAGGCCCUGCAGUCCAACCACUUCGAGCUCAGCAUCAAAACCGAGGCCACGCAGGGGCUGCUCCUGUGGAGCGGGAAGGGGCUGGAAAAGUCGGAUUUCAUCGCCCUGGCCAUCGUGGAUGGCUUCGUGCAGCUCAGCUACGACCUGGGCUCCAAAGCCGUCACCCUGCGCUCCACGGUGCCCGUCAACACCAACCAGUGGAUCCACAUCAAAGCCUCCAGGGUGCAGCGGGAAGGGUCCCUCCAGGUUGGGAACGAGGCGCCCAUCGCCGGCUCCUCUCCUCUCGGGGCCACCCAGCUGGACACGGACGGGGCGCUGUGGCUGGGCGGGCUGGACAAGGCGAGCGCGCGCCCGCGGCUGCCCAAGGCGUUCAGCACGGCCUUCGUGGGCUGCAUGCGGGACGUGCAGGUGGAUCGGCGCGAGCUGCACCUGCUGGAGGACGCGCUCAACCGCCCGCGGAUAUUGCACUGCUCGGCCAAAUAGAGCCCAGGGACCCCCCGCCUCCCUCCCCUCCCUCCUGCCUAUUGCUGUAAUUAUUUUCUAUUUUUGUAAACUUAUUGCUUUUUAUAUUUUUUUUUUUGGAGGGGGGCAGGGAGGGCAGGAACCCCUUUUUGGUUUUUUUUUUUUUUUUUUUGGGGGGGGGUUUUUUUGGUUUUUUUUUUUGGCUUUCGGGCUCUUUGGGUUGCCGCCCGCGCAGGGCGCCGAGACCAGGCCCGAACGGCAGCGCCACGGAACAAAGGAGCGACACAAGAACUCUCCCACUGCAGCGUCCACCUUCUUCAUACUUGAAGCUUCUUCUUUUUUUAUUUUUCUUUUUUUUGGGGGGGGGGAGUUGUUCCUCCGUUUUUUUUCCUGCUGUUUUUGGGGGGGGUUGUUCCCCAAAACGACCCCGUUUCCCUGUGGGGGAGGCGCUGCUGGUGCUGGCGAGGCCCUCACGGAUUCACCGCCGGGGAAUUCCCGCUCCGGCUCUUCCGAACCUUCUCCGGGCCCUGUGUCCGCCCGAUUCCCUGCUGCCCCCUCUCCCUCUCACUGUAAUUUAUGUGUUGUAAGGAUCUCAAGUGCUUUUCUCCUUCGAGCUCUGCUCAAAUCAGGGAUGCCGCGCACUGGAAGGGAGAGAGCCGGGCCCGCUCCGCGCUGCGCUCGCCUCCUGGCUCUUUGCUGCACUGAGAGGCGCCGGGGAGGGGAUAAAAAAACGCGCGGAUUUUUCCCAGCGAUCCUCCUCCUCUUCCUCUUGGACACGUGCAGGAGCAGCUGUGAAACCUCAUUCCCAACGUUUCGUGCUCAUCCGGAUGCGUCCCCACCUCAGCCCCGGCUGCUCCGAGGCCGCCGAGCCUUGGCCUCCCUCGUGCUGGGGAUCACUUGGAGCUCCUCUCCGAGAGCUGGGAAUUCUCUCCCUCUUCCAAAAGGACCGGGAGAUUCCCUUUUUUUCCCUUCUCAGAGGGACGCGUCCUUCCGUGCCCCACCGCGUUUUCCAGCCUGGGAGCGCAGAGCUGGCAAUGGAGCCUCUCCCGCAAAGAGAAUUUGGAAAUUUUUUUUAAUUUUUUUUUUUCCCAUGGAUUUGGAGUUUUUUGGGUCUUCCGCGCUCCUCCGGAUGCUGCCAGCCCGGCAGGAAUGGCUCCAAUGGGAAUGGGGAGUAUUUGGAAGCAUUUUCUUCCUGGAAAGGAACAUUUUGGCCAGUUCUGAAGUCUCUGGGGUGUGACGGCUCCUCUGCCUGCAGCCUCUGGAUCUCCUGGAAUCUGGAGGGGAACAGACGGAUCACAGCACAGCUCCGGAGGAAAUCCCAUCCCCGUUGGGAUUCCUUCUCCACGGGAAGGAUUUCCGGGUGGUUUGCAGCCUCUGUGUCCCUUUCCCACCCUCAGCUGCAAUUGCUCCGUGGAAAAACAACUUUACGGAAUUCACCUGCGGGAUCCCGACGGGUUUUGGGUGGGAAUUCCUGCCCAAGGUGCCGGAAUUUGGCUUUUUUUUUUUCCCCCUAAAUUUCUAUCCCACCUCACAGGGCACCCUUUAAAGUGGGGGUUUUGGCACCAACCUUUGAGGCAGGAAAGGUAAAAUUCCUUCUCUCAGGGUGAGCUCUGAACAAAGGUGGAACCAAGAGGGAAAACCAAUGGAAAAACCACUUGGAUCUGCUUUUAUUUAGUUUAUUUGAUUAAAAAAAAAAUAAUAAUAAAUAUUCCCAACCUGUGACAUUUCCUGUGGAAAAUCCAGGGUUGAACAUUCCGUGGGGGGCUGUGCCCUGCGUGGGAUGAGGGCUCUGCUGUGCCUGGGAGCGUUCCCUGGGUGCCAAAAUUCCCAUUUUUUAGCGGCUGCUGGGUCCAGAUUGGGCUUCCUGGUGGGAAAUGCUGGGCUGGGCUGGGAGGGGAGGGAUCUGGGAGUCCCCCAGUCCGUAUUUUGGGAAUGGGAUUUCCCAGCUGGGCUGCAUGUUUCCAGCUCCAGAGGGACGGGGAAGCUGCCGGUUUUCAGGAACAAAGUCAAGAAACGGCAAAAAAAAAAACCAAACCCAAACCCCAAACAACUGAACAAAAAAAUAAAAACUCCUCCCGCUUUUGCUGGGGCUUGGAAAUGCCUUAAACCAGGAUUCUGUGUCCUCGUGGGGGAACAUUUGGAAUUUUCAGCAGCGCCCUUAGGGCCGCACGCUUCACCCGCGUUUUAUUUUGUACCACAAAAGGUGCGAGGGAAAAAAAAUCCCACAAAAAAAGACAGCGAGGGUGGGGUUGGGUGUUUUUUUCCAGAUUUGAUUCUUUUCUGGCUUGCUUUUUUUGUUUUUAAUUUAAAACCCCUGAGGUGUCCGUGUGGAGAGGGUGAAUUCCCGGCUCUGGGACCUGCUGGCUGAAUUCCGGAGGGCGAUGCGCACUAGAGGAGCAGCAUGAUGUAACCAUUACUAACUCGUGUCUUUUCGUCAAAUCACCCAGAAAUAAAGUUUGGAAACGAUUAA